AUGAAAGUCGGCUCCCUUGCUCCUAUAUUGAUCGCGCCCCACGACGGACUGGAUGCAGAAAAGCCAGCGUCCAUUCCGCCACGUUGGCCGGCGGUCCUCCUUGCGUGGUUCUCGACCGUCUACACCAUCCAUGGCUUGCUUGUGACGCACCGUCUUCCGCUUUGGCACAACGCACAUCUUCCGACGUCCAGCAAGCUCAAGUGGCUCGCACACGACAACGCUGUGCAUGUCGAGAUGCUUGCCGUUCAAGGCUACACGCACGUGGACAGCUUUCAAGCCCUCGGACACACUGUCGCUGACCUCGCCGAGCAAUUGCCACGACUUUUUCCAGUGCUGCAGCCACCCCGUCGCUGGAUCCGGCUGCUCGCGAUCGCUAUCAUCCUGCCCCGACCUGGCUCGUCGAGCUCGGACCUCACACGUCGUCCAAACAUCGACUGGCGUGUGCUGCCGGCGCACCACCUUGGCAUCUCCGCCGACCUAUUACCAGCAACCAAGUUGCUGCAUUUGUCCCACUACGGCAACCCGCUCAUGUCCUCCCGCGGUACGGCGAUUUUGUGUACCGAGUCGCGUUGA